AUGGGAAGGCUUAUCAAAAACCACUGGGCCCGCUUGAUAAUCCUCACGGCCGCGGCAUAUCAAGUAGGCAGUGCCAUCGAAGGCUUCAUCUGGCCGAAAGUGUUCUGGGAUUUCAUGACGAAGAAUCUCAACGGCGCAGUAAAACCGAUCCCGGUGUUACAAAUUCUCAACCUGCUUUUGGGACUGCUUGGUCUCGCAUGGGAAUGGCCACUGAAAUACUUUGCCGGGACGUUACCACAUCGCAGUAUUGAAUUUCGUCUUAUCCUAUAUCCUCUUAGCGCUCUACUUUCUAUGCUCCUAUACCAGGGAACUGAUCCCGCCAUAUAUUACCUUGUCGGAAUAGGUGUAUACUUCUGGGCUUAUUCCGAAGGCGAGGUUGUCUGCGCGGUGCCUUGGACCUUACCUAAACGAAAUUCCCUCAAACUCCCACAAUCCCCUGGAAGCGGAAUGUCGCCUCCAGCUUCCAACGAGGAUUUCCACAUCGAAACAGCCCUCGCCACAGAUGAUACUGAAGACGUGCCCGUUAACAAGAAGACCAGCUUCAACGGCAGACUAAACCAAUACUUCCACAUGUCCAAGAAUAUCCCUUCAAGACAAGAUACAUUAUCCAAAAGGAAGUCUGAAUCAGAGUCCAACGACCAAGCAUCCAGCAACGACAAUGACUCAAACUCCAAGCGAAGAAAGAAAGCCGUCUCUGCCGCCGUCCUCAACCUCCCCAAACGGAUAACCCGUUCUCGCUCCGCAUCAUCAUCAUCACCGGCUUCCCUCGCCUCGCCGUCCCCGUCGCCCGCCACGGAGCCAAGUACACCGGGUCGUUCUCGCGCUCGCCGUCAGCCCUCUUCUCGCGUCAACCCGGGUAUCAUGACCGGUGCCACGGGGCACGUCUACGCCCACCCAUCGAACCUAUAUUGGAAGCUCCUGCAUUGGUCUGGGAUCACGACGAUUCGCCACCCUCCCUCUGAUACCUACCGGCUACCGGAACUAUAUAACAUCGGAAACACCAACAUUGUAGAGCGUCCGACCCGCGACGCCAGCAUGCUCAGCAAGGCGGAGAUGGACGCCGGCGUGCCGGUGCUAGAAGAGAAAGUAGCCAAGCAACGGCCAGAGGCCGUUUGUCUUGUUGGAAAGAGUAUCUGGGAGGCCGUAUGGCGGGUACGUAAGGGUCGAGCGAUCCGGAAGGAAGAAUUCCGCUACGGAUGGCAAGACGAGUCGGAGAACAUGGGUCGGGGUGAGGGGUGGAAUGGGGCGCCGGUGUUUGUUGCUACCACUACUAGUGGACUGGCAGCCGGGAUGAGCAUGGCUGAGAAACAGGCCGUAUGGAACGAAUUGGGGAAAUGGGUGAAGAGUCGACGAGAAGCCAAGAAUACCCGUCCAAUGUAA